CUAAACCCUUCCGUUUCUCAAAUUUCAUUUUCAUUUUUUGUUUCUCGUUCAUCUCAAAUCCCUCUCCCUCAGGCCUCAGCCAUGUGCUCUGAUAAAAUCCGUUCUGGGGUUUAAUUUCCAUCCGCUUCCAUUAGUUAAUCGCUCCGUCGAGUUUUCACAAGGAGUCGGUGUGGAACCAGCUAGGGUUCAUGGAGGCUCCUUAUUUGAGGGUUUCAAUAUCAAUUGAACUCCGUUGUUAGUGAGCCUGUUUCUUCUUCUGUAUAUUCAAGUUUCGUGAAAUGAACUCGUCGGAGAUGGGGAGUGAGGAUCGUGUCGAUGAUCGUACGUUCAAGGUUGAUUUUACUGGCGACGGAAUGGCGAAGCUCAGAGAGAGGAUAAAGCUGAAGAUGAAGGAAUUCAUGGGCGAUUAUACUGACGACACUCUCGUGGAAUACGUGAUUGUCUUGUUGAGGAACGGCAGGCGCAGAGAAGAAGCACAGAAUGAACUUAAUGUCUUUUUGGCAGACGAUAGUCAUUCAUUUGUAUCUUGGUUGUGGGACCAUCUGGCUUCAAGUAUGGAUUUAUAUGUGGAGCCGCCUGCUAAAGCUUCUGCCAAUGAGGUGCCCACACAAAAGUCUCCAGUAGCAGAACCAGAUACAAGAAAUAAUUCUCACAAUCUGGAGUCUGAUUCUGAAAGAGGGAAGACUGAAAAAUUGUCUAGCAGACGACGUACUAGGGAAUGGAGAGGAAUUGCUAAUGAGGAAACCCGUGUAGUUCCAAGAUCUGAAGUUAGUCGUGUCAAGCAUUCUUCUCCUGAACAAGUUCCUGGUCAUAGGAAAAGGAGCCGGCCUGACGAUCAUCAAGGCACUGAGAGGGAAGCUGCCUUUCAGGUAAGCAUUGCUGCCCCUCGACGGCUGCUCCAGUUUGCAAUGCGAGAUGCUGUGGCCACCACGAGGCCCUCUAAUGCAUCUAAGGAGCCCCAUUCAAAACGUCUUCGUUCAGUAGUUUCUGCAUCCAAUAGUGACACAACUAAUCGUCCUAGGAGGCUUCAAUCUGUUGCAAAAGUUCCAAAUCCAAUGGCAACUGUCAUCAAGGCUGUGACGGAGGCAUCUGAAGAUGUGGUCAGAGUUAAAUCCUCCAGUGUUUUUGACCGACUUGGUCGUCAAUCUCGUGAUAUGGAUUUAACAGAGUCUAGUGGCCGACCUUCAGAAUAUGGAGCAACUUUUGUAGAGAACGAUGAAUAUGGGGAUAUGAAUCAUUCAGAGGAUCGACCAUACUCAGCUACCUAUCUUGAGAGAGGCAAUUAUAUUGGGAAAUAUUCUCGUGAUGAGCCCAUGUUUGAACCUGAAACUGGAUUAGCAUCAGAUUCUACAUCUGAAAAUGAAGAUGUUAAUAUUCAGGGCCACAGAGUAUUUGAUGAUUCUUGGACUGCCGAAUCAGGAGUAAGAAAGGGAAGCAAUUUACGGACUGUGGCAUUCAGGGCAGUUGAGAAUUCUGAUGAUGAACGUGUGGCACAAUAUACACAGAAGGAUCAACCUUCGUUAGCUGCAAAUUCCUCACGUGACAUUGUAAAUAUCUCUGUGAAUGUUAAUACUUGGAAACCACCUCACUAUCAGGACCAAGGGCAAAUUCCUGAACUUGCUGGUCAAAAGUUUUUGCAGGAGAGUGAGUUACAGGGUACCAGAUCGGCUGUGCAAGUUAUGGAGAAUGGCGAGCCAGUGACCCUUGUUAACCAACGGAAAACACCAGCAUCUAACCUUCAAGAAGAGUUCCAGAAACCUCCUUUAUCUGCUAAUGGCCAAUUUGCUGGCACUCGUCCUUUAGAGGAAGCUGAUGCUCGAACCAUUUUUGUGAGCAAUGUUCACUUUGCUGCAACGAAGGAUAGCCUGUCUAGGCAUUUUAACAAGUUUGGAGAAGUUUUAAAAGUCAUCAUAGUAACCGAUGCAACCACUGGGCAACCCAAAGGGUCAGCUUAUGUGGAGUUCAUGAGAAAAGAAUCUGCAGAGAAUGCGUUGUCUCUUGAUGGGACCUCGUUUAUGUCUAGGAUUCUAAAGGUCGUAAGGAAAAAUGCUUCACAAUUAGAAGGUGCUUCAACUGUUAUCUGGCCUCGUGCUGUGCGAGGCUCGCCGUUUCCUACUUCGAGAUUUACCAGAGCUCCAUUCAUGAGGGGUGUCCCUGGUGGAUUUAGGGCUCGUCCCCCGAUGAAACUCAGGGCCAGGAGCAUGCAGUGGAAGCGUGAUAAUCAGACCACAACUGCUGACAAUGGUGCAUCUCUCUCUGGUAAUUCUAUUCCCUCACCUGGUGCUCGUAGUCUCACCUACGUUCGAACAGAACCUAAGCCAGUGGACAAGUAGGAACCACUCGAUUGUGAGAAAAUUAUUUUGCGGAAAGAAAAUCACGCAGGUUCUCCCAAAAUUUGUUUGUGUUUUGGUGAUUCAUGAUUUUUUGUGCAUCAGUGGAGGAGUUUGAGAAAGAAGACUCCAAGUGGGGAAGUUUUAGCAGCAGUUUGUAGGAGGGUUUUUUUUUGUUUUCCUUUUUGUUUCCAUUGGGGAAUGGAAAUUGGUGAGUUUUAUAGGUAGGAAGAAACUGAUGAUGGCGGUUCGGAUAAAUUCAUAAUUUUUCUCCCCCUUCCAAUUCAGAAAUUCUUAUUCAGCUUCUAGAUUAAAGUUUGUGAAUAGAGUAAGAAUAGAGACCUUUUCUUUUA